GCGUUGGAGGAGUGGGCGGCCGGAGCUGAGACGAUGCGCGCGUCCAUGAGGGCUUUUGUCGAGCCAUCGAGUGACCAAUGACGUCGGUCGCGUGAUGCAUCUCACCACCCGUUCCUGAGCGGAGCAACGCUGCUGCGACACAGCAACAACAGCAGCAGCAGCAGCAACAACAACAACGGCGGCCCAAACACCACGGGUAUGAGCAGACGAGAGCAGCGUGCGGCUCAAGUGCUAGCUUGCCACGGGCGGUGCCUGGGACGAUUGUCCUGAAGCCAUCGUCAGCCAUGCGAGGGGGGCCACGCACGCUCGCAGCCAUUGGCGUUGGGUGGCUCCUUCCCCGCAUUCUGAUGAUGCUCGCUGCUUCCCCGCAUUGGUCCGGCCAUUCACAUCUCACGCCCGACUUGCAUUGGGGCCCUCGAUAUGGCCAUCAAAUCAAGUGACCGCCGCCUGUGCCUCAUAAAGAGCCGCUGCUCCCCUCGCUCCUCUCUCUUCCUCCUCCUCCUCACUCAU